UUUGCAUCCCGACAUCGUCGGCAUCACAAGAGGAGCCAAGGUGCUCCUCAUGGCCUGCACGUCGAGAUGCAUAGCGGAGCAGCUGAGAUGGGACGGCAGACAGGCGCUGUCAUGCUACUUAGAUGGGCGUGUCGUCAAACAACACUAACAUUACAUCUGCCUUCUCAUCAUUCCAUUCUCAUUCUCGACCUGCCUUGACGCUGUUAUUUGUAGUCUCUAGACCUCAAAGUCCUCCUGCGAUUCUAUCGACGACUACGGUCAACGUCGACCUACUUCACCACACACCAUGGGCUACCCUACCGCACAAACGACGGAGAUCCAGAACCCUCGGUUAAGGCUCUUGAAUAAGAUUAGAGCUGGAGAGUUCCCGUUGAUGACCUUUGUUGCGAUCCCAUCCGUUCGCCAGGCACAGAUCGUUGCAUUGACAGGUCUUGAUGGCAUUAUCAUCGACUGCGAACACGGUCAUAUUGGCGACGACGCCAUGCACAACUCAGUAGCUGCGAUAUCAGCCCUCGGCGUGUCACCAGUCAUUCGAAUCCGCGGACCGGCACACGACAUCCUCAAGCGUGCCCUUGAUACCGGGGCACACGGGAUAAUGGUCCCUCAAAUCAACAACGCAGAAGAAGCCGCACAAGUUGUCGCGUCCUCGAAAUUCCCACCACAGGGUGUUCGUGGCCAGGGCUCAGCAUUCCCAGCUAUCGGUCACGGUCUCACAACACCUGAAUACAUGAAGUCCGCCGACCAGACAAUAAUCACUAUGAUCCAGAUCGAGACACGUGCCGGAGUGGAGAACGUCGACGCCAUCGCCGCUGUCCCAGGCGUUGACCUGAUCUUCAUUGGACCCAACGACCUCGCGCAAUCGCUCCUUGGCUACACUCCCGCGCGAGGUGACGAGCCAGAGUUCGUUCAGGCUGUUGACAAGAUCAUUGCUGCUGCUCGCAAGAACGGUAAAUGGGCAGGAAGGAUGGUCAACAACGGCACCGCAGCGAAGGAAGCGAGGGAAAAAUACGACACCGUUGCUAUCACUGGUGACACAAAGGCUAUUCAGAACUGGUACAUGGCGGAGUUCGAGAUUGCGAGGUCUGGUGUGGCGCAGCCUUAGGUGUUUGCAAGGAUGUAGUGGUAGACGGUUGGUGGAGUGAGAUAGAGACCUAUGGUCAGAUGAGUAUGAGC